UAGAGGCAAAGCCAAUGCAUGGUGUAGGGAAAGAUGGUUGCAUAUCAAUCCUUUGUCUCUCUAUUUCACUAUGCCAAAAAAGUUAUUGAGUUUGCUAUUGACCCAAACCCCACCUAAUCCCCACCCCCACUUAUUAAGGGACUGUUUGUUUAUCUCUUAAUGAGACUCUUAAUGGUUUAGACCUCUUACUGGUUCAACACUUAAUGAUUCAGACUGUUUGUUUCACGAGCAGAUGUCUGAAUGGUUCAGACAUUUGCCUCUGAAUGGUUAAGAUUUAUACAAAGUCUGAAUGGUUAAGACCUCUAAUCUGAAUUGGUUUGACAUUUGCCUCUGGACGGUUAAGCAUUAUACAGGCUUUUAAUGGUUCAGAUCUCUUACUGGUUCAACAUUUAAUGGUUCAGACCUCUUACUGGUUCAGCACUUAACUAUUCAGAUGUUGCCAAACAACCCCUAAGUAAGUUAAUAGCCAAAUAAUAAAUAUAAUUGUCACCUCCGUUUGCUUUUUAAUUUUGAUACUUUCUUUUGACUCUUGGAAAUCCUCUAUAAAAACUCAUUUCAACACACCUUGGCAUACCACAACACAUACUUUUCUUCUACAGAUUUGGUGCACUAUGGCUAUAAACAUUCAAGAUUCAAAUUGUCUCCCUCUACAAGAAAAAAUAGUCCAUAGCAACAAAAUGGCUCGAGCCAUAGAGCUCAUUAUUCUUUCGUUUCUCAUUUCCAUGCUUGUUUAUCGGGUUAUUUUAUUCAAAGACCAAAACAACUCUUUCCCAUGGUUGCUCGCACUUGUGUGUGAGUCGUGGUUCACUUUCACAUGGAUUCUUAGUAUGUGCAUCAAAUGGAAUCAAUGCUCCUUUCAAACAUACCCUGAUCGACUCUUAAAAAGGGUAAACGAAAUCGACUUUCCAGCAGUAGAUAUUUUUGUCACCACUGCAGAUCCCAUCCUAGAGCCAUCUAUCAUAACAAUGAACACCGUAUUAUCUUUGUUGGCGGUAGAUUACCCGCUAGACAAGUUAGCACUUUAUCUUUCCGAUGACGGCUGCUCACCACUUACGUUUUACUCAAUUGUUGAGACAACAAAAUUUGCAAAACUUUGGGUACCUUUUUGCAAAAAGUAUAAUAUUCAACUUAGAGCCCCAUUUCGGUACUUCACUUCAACCUCCACUCCGUUAGAAAAUGAUUCUUUGGAGUUCCAACAUGAAUGGAAAAAGAUGAAGAACGAAUAUGGAAACCUAUACAAGAAGAUAGAGCUUGCAGCACAGAGGCCCUUCACAUGUGAUUGUAAUUCAGAUUUUGCUGUUUUCCGUGAUGUUGACCGGUCCAACCAUCCAGCUAUCAUCAAGGUUAUAUCAGAGACCAAAGACCUACCACAUGUAAUAUACAUCUCAAGAGAGAAAAAUCCCAAACAUCAUCAUCAUUACAAAGCUGGAGCUAUGAAUGCUUUGACUCGAGUGUCGGGAGUAAUGACGAAUGCACCCCUGAUGCUGAAUGUGGAUUGUGAUAUGUAUGCAAACAAUCCACAAGUUUUUCUUCAUGCAAUGUGUAUGGUAUUUGAUUACAAGAAUGAUCAAGAAUGUGGCUUUUUUCAAUUCCCCCAAGCUUUUUAUGAUGGAUUGAAGGAUGACCCGUUUGGGAAUCAGCUCGCGAAUUAUUAUUAUAUUAUAAAUGGAUUAGCAGCACUACAAGGAAUAUUCUAUAUGGGAUCAAAUUGUUUUCAUAGACGAAAGGUUAUCUAUGGUUUAUCUCCAAAUGAUAAGACAAAAUCUGGGAAUAUAAGAAAUGAAGAUUUACAUAAAGUCUUUGGAAAAUCAUUUGAAUUGAGAGAAUCAGCUGCACAGAUAUUAUCAGGAUCAAACACAAAUAUAGAAAAUCGAACGAAUCCCUCUAGUUUAAUUGAGGCAGCAAUCGAUGUUGCAGGUUGUAGCUACGAGUAUGGUACACACUGGGGCAAAAAGGUUGGUUGGCUUUAUGGGUCUUCAGCAGAAGAUAUACUCACAGGACUCGGUAUCCAUGGUAGAGGAUGGAAAUCCAUCAUUACCUCACCAGACCCACUUGCUUUUCUUGGUUGUGCACCAUCAACAUACCAGAGUUCAUUGACCCAACAAAAAAGAUGGGCCAUAGGGCUUCUUGAGAUCUUAUUCACUGAUAAAAACCCGUUCCUUCUUACUAUAAAAGGAAACCUUUGGUUUCGACAAGCCCUCGCUUAUUGUUGGAUAUGUUUAUGGGGAGUCCGGUCCAUUCCUGAGAUAUGUUAUGCAUCACUUCCUGCAUAUUGUAUCAUCACGGGCUCACGUUUCUUGCCUAAAGGCAACGAACAAGCUUUUAUUAUCCCUGUGGGUAUUUUCGUCAUUUACAAUGUUUAUAUUUUGUGGGAGUCUAAACGUCUAGGUGUAUCAUUACGUAUGUGGUGGAAUUUACAAAGAAUGGGGAGGGUGACUGCUUUGACAACAUGGUUAUUCGCGAUAUUAAAUAUGAUGCUAAAGCUCAUGGGUUUAUCAAAGAGUAUCUUUGAAGUAACACAAAAGGAAUACAAGUCAAAUGAUGGUGAUGAUGUUGGUGAUAAUGAUGAUAAAAAUGUUGGUAGGUUUACAUAUGAUAAGUCACUUGUGAUCAUGCCAGGUGUUGUAAUUUUAUUAGUUAACAUCACUGCGUUGGUCAAUGGUGUGUUAAGAUUAUUAAAGGUAGAGUAUAACAAAAUUUGGAUGGAGGUAUUAACAUUGGGGCUAGGUGAGAUGUUUUGUAGCAUGUGGCUCUUACUAUGCUUUUGGGAGUUCUUGAAAGGGUUAUUUAGGAACGGGAAAUAUGGGAUUCCAUCCUCGACGAUUUGGAAAUCAGGGAUUUUGGCUUUGUUCUUUGUGCAUUUAUGUAGAAGAUCUUCUCAACCAUUUUAGAAGAUCGGGUGAGUGAUUUAUGUUAAAUAUUGUAAUUCUUGGAUUGAAUUGUAACGUUGUUAUCAUAAAUAGAUAGCUAAUUCUUGGAUUAUCAAACCA